AUGGAGAUGAUAGAGGGAUAUGAAUUAAGUGAAAAGAUGUUAUCUGCAUGCAACUUACUGAAAAAUAACACAAACGAUCCCAAAGCUUUGACCAGCAAAGGUGUGAGGUUCUGUUUGAACACCCUCCAGCACGAGUGGUUCCAUGUGUCCAUUCAGAAGUCAGCUGUGCCAGCCAUGGUGGGUGACUACAUCACUGCCUUUGAGGCAGUCUCCCCAGAUGAGCUCUGCUACAUCAUCAACAUGGCUGACGGCACUGGCAACACUGCCCUCCACUACAGCGUGUCGCACUCCAACUUCGAGAUUGUCAAGUUGCUUUGGGAUACAGAUGUGUGUAAUGUCGACCACCAGAACAAGGCAGGGUACAUGCCUAUCAUGCUGGCGGCGCUUGCAGCAGUGGAGGCAGAGAAAGACAUGCAGGUUGUGGAAGAACUCUUCAGCUGUGGAAAUGUGAAUGCCAAAGCCAGUCAGGCAGGACAGACAGCCCUCAAACGAAUAGACAUGGUGAAGGGCCUGCUGGCCUGUGGGGCUGAGGUCAACAUCCAGGACAACAAGGAUUCCACUGCCCUGAUGUGUGCUAGCGAGCACGGGCACAUGGAGAUUGUCAAGUUGUUGCUGGCCCAGCCGGGCUGCAAGGGCCACCUAGAAGACAACGAUGGCAGCACCGCACUCUCCAUAGCCCUGGAAGCAGGACACAAGGACAUCGCCGUUCUUCUGUAUGCUCACGUCAACUUCGCAAAAGCCCAGUCUCCGGGUACUCCAAGACUUGGAAGAAAGACAUCUCCUGGUCCCACCCACCGAGGUUCCUUUGACUGAUUAUGUACAAACAGCUCUCCACCUAUGUGCCACCAUGAAGCUGCUAAUUGUUCUUGUUGGGGUGACAGAUACUGAAUGUUUAUGGACGGUGCCUGAGCUGCAGCACACAAAAGUGGAAAGGCACAGGCUGAACACUGAUGCUUUUGCAAGGAAUGUAGCACAGUUGGGAAAUGGCUAAGCUGCACACAGGCCUCGCUCUCACAUUCUGCUCUCUGUAGGGCUUGAAUCUGGCUCUGUGGC